GUGCGAAGCAGCCGGCGUUUGUAUUUCAAACAUGGCGCUGCCCGGUUCAGUACUCGUGCGACUCAGAGCGUUGUGUAACCUUGGAAAAUCUUUGGAUACAGGGAACACAAUUGGACACAAUUACAAUCGGGUCCGGUGGUACAAGACAAAAGCCAAAAGCAAUCAGGACACUGCAGCGUCAGCGGGCCAGACAAGACGGGGUAGUGAGCUGCUGAAAGAGUUCCCUGAACCGAAGAGCCUGCUGUUUACCACCAUAUCCCGGUCGCUUGGGGUGUCUGACCUCUCCCAACACAUCCAGUACCAUUGCACAGAGGAUGGGGGUCUCAAGAGAGCCACUGUCACACUCCUCUGGCCCAGCAAGAUGGAGGUGGAGGGCUUUGCUCGCAAGAAGAUUGAUGCUGAACGAUACGCUGCUGCUGCUGCCUGUCACAAGCUGAGGGAGAUGGGUGUGCUGGGUCCAGACAAUCAGGUGGCCAGGAGGAGUGUGGGACGAGGGCGAGGACCACCACUGUCAGCCUUACAGGACCUGGAGGAGUGUCGGUGGACAGAUGUCCAUGUGCCUAGAAGAGACCUCCAGAAUGGAUCCUUGGAACCUUGCAUACAAUCAAGUGUAUACAGGGCACCUGAGGAGAAUUCUGAGCUCUCCCAGGCUCUUUCCAUGUUCGUAAAUCCUAAAGCUCUGCUGACCAGGGUCAUCCAGGUGGCCACGUCCUCCAACAGAUUCAGGGAGCUGGUACAGUACAAGACAGUGGGCGGUAAGAUGAAGAGAUGUGAGCUGACCAUCCGAUGGCCAGAGGAGAUUACAUUUGUGGCCUCGGCUCUUCGCAGAGUCGAGGCAGAGAGGAGAGCUGCUGCACUGGCCUGUCUCAAACUGAAGAAAAUGGAGCUGUUAGAUGAGGACAACCAACCUCUGACCCAUGCUAAGUACCACAAGGAGGAGAUGCGUGAGGCGGGGCAGAGAGACAGACAGCCCUGCCAUCUGGAGAUACCCGAGUACUUGGAGCAUAGCACCAGAGAAUACCUCACACAGUAUCCAGUGGCGACAGAGAUGCAGAAGCUGUGGGAGGAGGAGGAGGAGAGAAGCCAGCAAAGGUUGAACCAGCAGGACGAAGAGGAGGAAGAGGACCUCGUCACAGACGCCAUCACAGGCAGGCCAUACCGGCCCCUCUCUACCCAGGAGGCCGAGCAGCUGAGCUCCGACCUACAGGAGGAGUGGGAGAGGGCAGGGCCUGGCCUGGGGGUGGAGCUCCCGGUCGACGCCCACCGGGAACGCGUUGUGUCAGCGGUGGAGUCCUCCAGGGUCAUCGUGGUUGCUGGGGAGACGGGAUGUGGCAAGACAACGCGUAUCCCGCGCUUCCUUCUGGAGGGGAGUGUGCGGGGCGGGGAUGGAGCGGAGUGUAACAUCUUGGUCACCCAACCUCGGAGGAUUAGCGCUGUGUCAGUGGCUCACCGUGUUGCCCACGAGAUGGGCCCCGCCCUCAAACGCUCUGUAGGGUAUCAGGUGCGUCUGGAGAGCCGUCCCCCGGAGCACAGCGGUGGGGCCCUUCUCUUCCUGACGGUGGGGGUGUUACUGAGGAAGCUGCAGGGUAACGCCUCCCUGAGGGGGGUUAGCCAUGUGGUGGUGGAUGAGGUCCACGAGAGGGACGUCAAUACGGACCUGCUGCUGGCCCUGCUGCGACCCGCUCUAAGGGACAACCCCAAUCUCCGUGUCGUGCUGAUGAGCGCCACAGGGGAUAACCAGAGGCUGGCCCAGUACUUCGGGGGCUGCCCCGUGGUCAGUGUUCCCGGGUUCAUGCACCCUGUCAGGGAUCGGUACCUGGAGGAGGUCCUUAGGGAGAUGGGGAGACCACCGCUACCCCCGGCAAGGACAGACCUGCAGGGACGGGAGAAGGAUGAUGCCACGCCAGACCUGGACUUAGUAGCUAAUGUGAUAGAGCACAUCCACAGACAGGGAGAGCCAGGUGCAGUGCUGUGUUUCCUACCAGGUUGGCAGGACAUUAAGGCCGUCCAGAAGAGACUAGAGGAGAAGCCAACCUUCCAGUCUGGCUCUCAAAUGAUCCUACCAUUACACUCAAGUAUGUCGGUGGGUGACCAGCAGACCGUGUUCCAGCGCCCUCCUGAGGGCCGGAGGAAGAUCGUCCUGGCCACUAACAUCGCUGAGACCUCUAUCACCAUCGACGACAUUGUUCACGUAGUAAACGCGGGCUCUCAGAAAGAGCAGAACUACGACACACGGACCAAGGUGUCAUGUCUAGACACAGUCUGGAUCUCGCGCUCCAACGUCACUCAGCGUAGAGGGAGGGCGGGGCGAUGCCAGCCUGGACAUGCCUACCACCUGUUCCCACGGCAACGCCUGGAAUCAAUGACGACCUUCCCUGUGCCUGAGAUCCUACGCACCCCUCUGGAGAGCCUGGUGGUACAGGCCAAGAUCCACAGCCCCCACUGCAAGGCAGUGGAUUUCUUAUCGCAGGUGUUGGACAGCCCAGAGCGAGAGGCUGUGACCGAUGCUGUUCGCAACCUGCAAGAGAUUGGUGUUCUGGACAAGACAGAGGCCCUGACUCCCCUGGGGGAGAGAGUAGCCUGUCUGUCCUGUGACCCGCGCCUGGGGAAGGUGCUGGUGCUUGCUGCUCUGUUCCGCUGUGUCCUGCCCCUGCUGUCAGUAACAGCCUGUCUCACCAGAGACCCUUUCCACAACAGCAUGCAGAACAGAGCCCUGGUCGCUAAGGCUAAGGAAGACCUGGGAGGUUCAAGCUACAGUGAUUACCUGGUGUUCAGUCGAGCCGUGUUGGGCUGGAGGAGCGUUCAGCAAGAGAGGGACAGAGAGACCAGACAGGACUACUUGAACAGAUACACACUGUCUGGAGCCGGCCUGCGCUUCAUCAAUGGUCUGACUUCCCAGUUCAGUGAGAACCUCCUUGAGGCUGGGCUGGUGGAGCGUUCAGCUGACUGCCAGAGAUCCUCCUCCCUCUACAACCAACACAGCCACCAGGAUGAGCUGGUCAAGGCUGUGCUGCUGGCCGGACUCUACCCCAACCUCAUACAGGUGAAAAGGGGAGCAGUGACCAAAGGUCGCUUCCGCCCCAACAGCCUGUCCUUCCGUACGCAGAGUGGCCCAGUGCUCAUACACCGCUCCUCCGUCAACAGGGGAGAGGAGCAGUUCCCCAGUCGCUGGCUGACCUUCUUCAGUGCAAUCAAGUCCAAUGGUAACGUCUUCAUCAGAGACUCCUCAGCAGCCCACCCCCUCGCCCUACUGCUGCUCACCGACUGUGACAUCACUGAGAGAGUGAAUGGUGACCGUGUGGAGGUGGCGUUCCCGGGGCGGUCGCUGGUACGCUGUGAGCUGUCUGUCCAGACAUGGGAGCUGCUGUGGGAGCUACGCUCCUCCAUCCAGACCAUGCUGUACCGCAACCUCCGCCCACACAGCUCAGCCAAUUACAUUACACAGGAUGGCAAGCUCAUCUCGCUAUUGGUCGAGCUGCUGAACAAUACUGAGUCCAAUACAGACCCCCAGCCAAACGGUGGCCACAGUGACUCUGAGCGAGACGGUGUCAAGAUGACAGCGAGACGGUGUCAAGAUGACAGCGAGACGGUGUCAAGAUGACAGCGAGACGGUGUCAAGAUGACAGCGAGACGGUGUCAAGAUGACAGCGAGACGGUGUCAAGAUGACAGCGAGACGGUGUCAAGAUGACAAAAUAAUGAUUACAUGAAUGUGUUGUUAACCAUUAUUUUUUAUUGAAAUAUGGUCUGUUGAAAGAUAAAGAUGUUAAACAAUGUUA